AUGCUACUCACCGGGUUAAUAACACUACUACUGUACUCUUGGUUCGGGGUGGUGAGUAGCAGUAUCAGUUGUUAUACUUGCGCCAAUGACUUUAUUGUUUGGGUAAGGGAUUUUAUAUGAAAAAAGUGGGAGGGGGGAGGGCUAUUUUUAAUAUUUUUAGUAAAUUUUGAAUUUUUAAAAAUUUUUGAUUUUUCAAAUUUAAAAAAAAAAUUUUUUUUAAUUUUGAAAUUUUUUAAAAUUGGCGAACAUAAUAGUUAUUUAACGUUACAUAUAUCACUUCAUCCGUAUUUUACCACAAAAACCACAAUUUUCAGAACUGGCGCCAUUAUUUCCUAAAGCGCAACUACCAAUUGUCAUCGUCCGACAAUACCUGUUCACAGAAGGUAUCCUUCCCCGAUACCUACAACAAAUGCACCACAAGUUGUUUCGUGUUUUAUGUUAAUGGAACUGAUAAGGAAACGGGUCUAACAGUAACGUUGGGCGUUGGCCGCGGCUGUUCUGGUCAGUUUUUGACCGAUGAGCAAUAUAUGAGCAGGUCAUUGGGAGUUCAGUCCAAACCGUCGGAAACUGCUCAUUACCUGCCUAGGAAUUAUGAUAAGGUAAGUUGAUUUUUCUGUGGUUAAAAAUUUUUAUGUAAUGGUUUUGUCAAGAAAAAUUUAUAGCGUGAUGGGACACCUUUUAUCGUAUAAAAUGUCAUUUGCAGGCUGCACGGCCUAAUUUCCGUGAUUAGGACUAAAAAAAUUAAAACCUCUACUAAAUAAGUCUUUCGUAUUUUACCCAAAAAUUACAGUACGAAAUCUGGGAGCAUUGGUGUUUCUGCGCGGCGGAUUACUGUAACAUUGAGUCCUGUUUCAACGAAUGGCGCUACAGUAGUGGCUUCGGUUACGCGCCGCUAAAUCCGCAUCGUCGUACCCAUUCAAGAUCACAUCGUAGACACGACAAUUCGUACGACUACCAUAAUUCGUACUGGGGUUGGUACAAUAGUUCACCACGACUUGAGGGUAUAUUAUCCAUGACAUUAAGCAUGACAUUUCUAUUGUUUUUGUAAUUUUGUUGUAGUUUGUUGACAUAGCUUUGGGUUUUGGGUAUGGGGAGGUGAUUUUGUGGCAUGGUACUAUUUUUCAAAUUUUUUAAAUAGUACCAGUUUUGAGAUUUUAAGAUAGUAUCAAAAAGUCAAAGGUACUGAAGUUUUAGGUACCAAAAACACUCUAUUGUACCAAAAUGGGUGUUACAGUACUAUCCAAAACAGAGAUUUUACACAAAAUAUGUUUUAGUACCACAAAGACCAGUUUUCAUACCCAAAAACCCAUUAUUAAGUGCCGACAUAAAGAACCCGCCAUUUUUUACACAAAAUUUCAGGAAAAGUACGGCGGGUUCUUUAUGUCGGCACCUAAUAUAAUCGCUGUUUCUAGUCAUUUUCAAUCAAUAUACGGGUGUUUCAUCUACUAUAAUAUAUUAAAAAAUGCUUUUCAAUGUAAAAUAAAUAUCAAUUCUUGCUAUUUUUUAGCUAAUCUUCUAGUAUUCCAAUUUAUUUUCAAUAUACAGAAAGAUAAUAUUAUUCAAAGGUCUAUUACAAUGUAAAAUCGGCCCAAAAAAGACAAUUAUUCAGCGCAUCGAACCCGUAAAUUCGUAAUGAAAAACGCUUGUUUCUUCGUCUUGAAGAGAGAGUUUGAACUUGAAACCGAGAAAGGAAUGGUACCAGUUGCAAGUGGUGCUAUUGAGAAUGUUUUGGGUUGGGCCAUUUUCAAACUGUACCAAAAAAUCGUGAGAUAUUAG